GCACUAUCGGUCGCCGCCGUCACUGAAACGCGAACAUUUAACACAGCCCGCCCAAUUGUCAGUUCAACGGCCAACGCUAUUCUUUUUUAGUAUCGUAAAACGGCGUUUUAGUGUGUUAACUUAGGUGUUAUUCUUGUGUGUCAAUCGUCAAAUUAUUAUACAGGCACAGGUUGUAGCGGCCGGCCAGCUGUUCAUCGGCAAAGUUCGUAACACGCGGUACAUAAGACCGGGCGUCACGGAUAAAGACCACGAUGGCUUCGCGUUUCGGCGCCCUUUUGAUCACUUUUAGCGUGUUCCAAGCGCUGUUAUCGCCGCAGCCGAUGGCGGGUGCCGCGAAUAUCUUGGCGGUACAAACGAUCGCGGCCAAGAGCCACUGGAACGUGAUGCAGGCUGUGUUGCGUUCGCUGACUGACCGCGGCCACUCCGUGACCGCGUUCACGCCGUUUGCGGACGGUGACAGGGACGGUUACACGGAGGUGGACAUUUCCGGUUACCUGGAGGCCAAGGUCGGCUUGAACGUGUCGCGGUAUACCGGGUCCACGCGCUCGUUCAUCGCGUACCUGAUGAACGCCCUGCGAGUCAACUGUGGAACAAUAUUCGAACACCAGCGAAUGCAAGACAUUUUGGAAGGCCGGUCGCCACCAUUCGACGCGGUGAUCGCCGAGGGUUUCUGGUCGGAUUGCGUGUCGUACGCGGCUACCGUUCUCCGCGUUCCCGCCAUAUAUGUCGUCCCUUCGCCGAUUGUCACGCACGUGGAGCGUUCGUUCUUCGGUCACGUCCCCAACCCCGCGGCCGUCUCCAAUUUGCUGUCGCCAAGCGGCGUGCCAAAAACGUUCGGUCAACGUUUCACCAAUACGCUGCGUACGGUUUCCGGUUCGUGGCUGGUUUGGGACAACGAACGGAGGCUCCGGCAAUCCGACCCGCGACCGUUUGACGCUAUGGACCUGGUCAGACCGUCGUUGACUUUCACCAACACGCACUUCAUCACCGAACCUUCUAGGCCACUGACACCGGACAUCGUACAAAUCGGCGGCAUACAUCUAACUCCACCAGGACCGGUACCAAAGG